CUGAGAAGAUAGAGAGACGUGGAUGGUUUUGAAUCCCUGGUUGUCUUAGAAUUGGCCUCUUCUCCCUCCAGCGUGUGCACUCCACUCCACUCAGAUCCUUCCCUCAUCGUCCAUCUGAGAAAGGUAACGCAAUUAGAGUGAAAUCCCAACUCCUCGAUUUGUUAUCUGCUCCUCUUCUCUUCGGUUUUGGGUUUUAGGCGGCGGCAUUCGAAUUUCUGGCUCCGUUCUGAUAUCAAUCCCGCCAAGCUCGGCCUCACCACCGCUCAGCCGCCCUCGCCCUGGCGCUGCUGCUGGUUCAAAAUCAAAUGCUAAGCCUAGGAGGAGGAAGAUCAUAUUACUCAUCUCCUUCCGCAGCUACCACUAUCAACAAUCCAAUUUCAUCGCACCUGUUCUCCCGGCGGCGGAAUAGGCCGGAGCCUCGAUAUGGCCGCAAAUUCAAAGCUUCCGUUAUGGGGAUCAUGCGCUACACAUCUUCAUCUGCAGUAGUUGAGCGAGUUGCUGGUAGGAGGACUUGGAUCAGUUGUGUACUGGCGUUAACAGAAGAGAACGUUGAGAAGGUAUUGGAUGAGGUUCGGCCUGGACUAAUGGCCGACGGCGGCAACGUUGCUCUCCACGAGAUCGACGGCCUGGUCGUUGUUUUAAAACUGCAGGGAGCCUGUGGGUCGUGCCCCAGCUCUGCCAUGACCCUCCAGAUGGGGAUCGAAACCCGGCUUCGUGACAAGAUCCCCGAGAUCAUGGCUGUCGAGCAGAUCCGUGACACAGAAACCGGGUUGGAAUUGAACGAAGACAAUGUCGAGAAGAUUCUGUCUGAAAUCCGGCCUUACUUGGGAGGGACUGGAGGAGGGGAGCUUCAGUUGCUUGGCAUUGAUGACUACUUAGUCCGGGUUCGGCUCACAGGGCCUGCGGCAGGGGUGACGACUGUUCGUGUUGCUCUGACUCAGAAGCUUAGAGAGAAGAUACCUUCAAUUGCAGCCGUUCAGCUCACAGAUUGAAACCCCCUUCCCUCGAUGUUCCUUUUAAAUUGUGUAA